GCGUCUGGGGAAGGGUGGGCUGCGCGGCCCGGGCUCACCACCAUACCGCGCAGGCUAGCAGGCCGGCCGGCCGGGCCGGAACUCGCCGCUGCAGGCAGAAGACAAGCUGCGCCGGAAGUGAGGUCUUCCGGAAGCACUGUGCAGCCAAUAGGCCUGGACUCUGGGAAGUGAGGCGGUGCUCGGCUCUCGCGAGAAUUACGAAGGACCUGGUGUCACGGGCCCUCUCGUGACCAUAGCGACGGGGCCAGCGGCCGGGUAGUUGGGCGCCCCGUGUGUGUUCCAGGUCGGCUUCGGUGCCGGUGCGCUGCGGGGCCAGCGAGGCCGCCGAGGACCGGCGCGUGCGUCGUGCCAGCGCUGAUGUCUGUCCCAACCGAGGCUGAAGAUGGACAGUCCCUAUGUUGAUGGCCAUUCGAGUGAUAUCAUUGUAGAAAGAUACCUGGUUGAGUCCAAGAAGUCUGAAGCACACACUCAGCUUGCUUGCAGCACACAACACUGUGCCUUCCCUUUGGAUGGGAAUCGUCUCUGUGUGUGGAGGCCCAGGGGCCCUGCUUACCAGCUUCUAAUUCUACAAGGACACCAUCAGCCAAUUACAGCUAUGGCUUUUGGAAAUAAAGUAAAUCCACUUCAGCUCUGUUCUGCAUCACAAGAUUAUGUUAUAAUGUGGAACAUGGAUGAAUGCAGAGAGAAGACACUGCAAGGGCUGGCUUUUCGAGGAGUUAUCCUGGGCACCUUUUCAGAAGCAGUGAUAUGUGUAAGAUUCAGUCCAGAUGAUCAUGCUAUUGCACUGUGUGCUGGGAACAAAAUAUUCCUGCUGGAUGUGGAGAAGCAGUCUGUGCUGGUGGAGCUGAAGGGCCACUGCGGCCCGGUGACAGCAGUGGAAUUCUGUAACUGGCAAGCACACGUCCUCAUCUCUGUGUCUGAAGACAGAAGCUUUAAGGUCUGGGACCAUUCUGUGGGAGCAUUAAUAUACAGUUCAUGCAUUUUAACAGCAUAUCCUCUCCUGAGUUUACUCAUCGAUGAGGACAGCCGGCAGCUGAUUACUGGCUGUGCUGAUGGUCAGCUGUGGAUCUUCAGUUUGAUAGAGCAUCAUAACUACCGCUGUGUGGCACAUGUGGACCUGAGGAAGAAAAGUGAGACCUUCUCCACCCAAAGGAUGAAGGCAGGACUGUGCUGGCCAGGGUACAGGCAGUGCCAUCGUAGACAUGAGGCCCAUAAAGAAGAGGCUGAAGCAACAUACCCAGUCCUGAGACUGGCGCACUGCAACCUUCCCCAUGCUCCAGAUCCCAUGUGUGGCGUACUUUCUUCUGAGCAUCCCACAUGCCUAUGGAUUGGAAGUUCAACUGGUUUAUUCAUACUUAACCUGGCAAACUUUGAAUUAGAAGCUGUUUUACAUUUCAAGGAUUUUCAGAGCCUGUGCAUCAAAGUUGCUGGGUCAUGUGCAUUAAUGAGUGACACCGACAACCACAAGGCAUGGUGCACACUCACAUCCAUGUUUGGAAAUAAGAUUGCUGUGCUGGAAAUCAGUAUGGCUGCUCUGCUGAACUCUCAGCAGCGCCCUCGCCCAGAGAAGAUGCUCUCCAUGCUGGCAAGCUCCCGUGUCUUACCAACUUCUCCACUGUAUUUUGGAAUUGUUAAGGAACAGUAUCCUAAGCCUGCCAAUCACAAGCCAUCUGCUGUUAAGUGCAUUGUGAGGGACCAGCCCCUGGUUUUCCACUCUAAAGUGAAGUCAUCUGGUUAUAUGUCAGCACCACAUGCAACCAUGUUUUCACCAAAGACUAACAUCAAGCAUGAUGGCAAAAGAUCUUUGAAAUGCAAGAACAAUUGCCAAUGUGAGGAAUACUCUCUGGAGAGUCCAUCGUCCCUCAAACUCAGCAGGCAGGUUGCUGUGGCCCAGGCACCGGUGGCUGUGAAUUGCCUGCAAUUCUCAGGAGAUGGACAGCAGUUGGCCUGUGGCUUAGCCAACCACCUUACCCUGGUCUUUAAUGCCAGCCUUUCUAGAACACCUGUUGCUUUUUCAGGUCACGACGGAGUGGUGAGCACUAUCUGCUGGAGCCACAACAGGAGGUGGCUACUCUCUGCAGCUUGGGAUCGGACUCUGAGGGUGUGGUCCACUCACAGGACAGAACUCAUACUUCUUCUGGGUCCAGACAUGUUUCCCAAGCCAAUAACGUCUGCACAUUUCUACUACAUGGAUGCCUUCAUUCUAUUGUCUUCUGGCCCUCAAUUUCAGCUGCUGAAAUGCCACCUUGAUCCCCGCAGGGAUGACGUAAAAAGGUAUAAACCAAAGAGGUGGUGCAAGUCCAUUUUCAGGCUUCCAGUAACAAGUGGAGCAGAUGUGACCAGCCUCUCAGCAGUGAAUGACUUUUAUUCCUACAUUGUGCUUGCAGCUGGCCGAGACCGAACUGUGGAAGUUUUCGACCUCAAUGUUGGCUGCAGUGCUGCGGUGAUAGCGGAAGCCCAUUCACGGCCUGUCCACCAAAUUUGUCAAAAUAAAGGAUCAUCAUUUGCAACCCAGAAGUCCCUGGGGUAUAAUCUUUUCCUGACCACAGCUGUUGGUGAUGGGGUGAAACUGUGGGACUUGCGGACCCUGAGGCUUAUGUAUACGAAGUGGGCUCUAGCACCUUUCUGCACCGGCUGGCAGGACACACAGACACCAUCACCACAGUGGCCUUCAACCCAUCCACUCCACAGCUUGUCACAGCUACCCUGGAUGGGAAACUUCAGCUGUUUGUGGCUAACUGACUGCUGCCCUGCUAGUACCAGAUGUGGGAGGAACCAGGAGAGGCUGGUAGCCAGUCCAUCUGAGAAGACAGGAUGAUUUGUUCAGGGGGGCCCCUUGCUGGAUCCCCUUCUGCAAGUCUCAGCCAU